AUGGCGGUUCAAGACUUAGUAAAGCAUUAUGGCAGAAAAGGUGCUAAGCCAGGUUGCAUGAUGAAAAUUGAUUUGCAAAAGGCUUAUGAUACUGUAGAUUGGGAGUUUUUACAGGAAAUGAUGAACCAGUUAGGCUUUCCAGGUGAUUUUGUGGAUCUUGUCAUGGAAUGUGUGACCACUCCAAAGUUCUCCUUAAUGUUAAAUGGCACAAUGCAUGGCUUCUUCAAGUCUAAAAGAGGAUUAAGGCAGGGAGAUCCUAUCUCUCCUCUCCUGUUUGUUCUUUGUAUGGAAUAUCUUUCCAGAAUCCUCCAUAAAAUGAGUGAACAUCACUUAUUCCAGUUCCAUCCUAGAUUCCAAGGUAUUAAACUCACCCACUUGUGUUUUGCUGAUGAUCUCAUCAUGUGUAGCAAAGGUGAUUUUCCAUCUGUCUAUCUCAUGCUGCAAGCUUUUAAGCUUUUUUCUGAUUCUACUUGUCUUCUUGCAAACAAACACAAAUCUGCUAUCUACUGUUGUGGUAUGCCUGAGAGAGAUUGUGCUAGAAUUGUGAGUGUUUCUGGUUUCACCAGAAGCAAUUUGCCCUUUAAAUAUCUAGGGGUGCCUAUCUGUGCUAAGAGAAUCUCUGCAGCUCAGUGUGAUGUGUUGCAGAAUGUUAACAAAGUGUUCAGAGCAUUCCUAUGGAGUGGACAGGCUUACAGCAAUAAGCCAAGCAACAUCUCCUGGGAUAGAUCUUGUUGUGAUAAGAAAUAUGGGGGUCUGGGUUUCAGAGAUGUACUCAAAUGGAACAUAGCUAGUAUGGGAAAGUAUGUCUGGGCUAUUGCUUCUAAACAAGAUAAUGUGUGGAUUAAGUGGAUUAAUGCAGUUUAUGUAAAAGAUGGGGAUUGGUGGACUUAUCAGCCUAAAGCUUCUGCUAGCUGGUAUUGGAAAAGGAUCUGUGCUAUAAAAGAGAUGCUCAAAGUAGUGUAUACUCAGGCAGAGUUUGUUGCUAUCACUCACUAUUCUGUGAAGGGUGUUUAUGAGAAGAUCAUUGGUAUAAAACCUCUGAUUCAUUGGGACUGUAUGGUGUGGAAUAGGUUAAACAUUCCCAAGCAUAGAUUCAUCUGUUGGUUAGCUGUGCAGGAAAGGCUCCAAACCACUGCAAAACUGGCAAGAAUUGGUAUAUCCAAUUCUGCAACCUGUCUUCUCUGUGGCCAGUAUGAUGAGGAACACUCUCAUCUGUUCUUUAAUUGUCCUUACAGUAGCAGAUGUAUUAUGGAACUUAAAGGAGUGACAAGUCAUGGUAGAUUGACAAAAUUCAGGAAGCAAGUUGUCUAUGCAGCCUUGGCAGCAGCAGUGUACUUCAUUUGGCAUAGUAGAAACAACAGUUUUUGGAAUGCUUCUGUCCCAACUGUGCAGCAUGUGGUGAGUAAGAUCAAGCAAUCUGUAAAGGAGAGAAUCUUGUAUGUAAUGCCUAAGAAAGUAAGUAGGAAGGAUAGCUUAUGGUUUAUGAGCUUGUAA